CUUCGUCAGUCCCUCCCUGCGUCCGAAAGCGAAAGCCGAGUCGCAGGGACUGACGAUGACGACUAAGAAGAAUGUUUUCGCAUAUUUUAAAGAUUAAGUGUUUCUUUAAUUUUAAUCCAAAAAUUAGGUUUCUACAUCUCUUUAAUUCUAAAUGAUUCCGUUUUGUUUUCUUUCACCAUACCAGCGAGUUUAUCGACCAGUUAGCUUACAUGUAAUCGUUAUCUACCAAGAUGACGUUUUUGGUUUGCGGCUAGAAACAAGACUAUGAAAUUAUGCUACAGCAGCUUCGUGCAUAUGUAAACCACUUUUAAAAGGAGCGAGAGAAAAUAAUUUCUAAGCUUAUUUUUUUAACGUGUAAUGAUCAUGAGGGUCCCGGGUGCGUUGUUCUUGUGGGGUUAUGGUGUUCUGCUUGCACUCAGUGGUUUUUUGUUUGUUUACGGGGACGUUCACUCUGAAGAUGAUGAAUGGAUUGAUCCGUAUGACAUGCUCAACUAUGAUUCAGGUUCAAAAAGCAUGAGAAAGCCUGCUGAGGCCUCCAGUUACAGUAAUGUACCGACUAAAAGAAGAGAAUACAAUCAAAAUUCCUGUCAAGUGGCUCAAUGUCCAGAUAUAAAGGAGUGCACCGACAAAGUGAACAUGUUGCAAAGACAGAUUGAAGAGCACAGAAGGGGGGUGACGCUUUCCUCACAACAGCCAUCAUGUAAUCCUGUUUUCAAGCGCUUCCUCGCAAAGCUUCUAAAGGAAAUUGAGAAACUUGGCUUGCCCACUGCUGCGACCACUGAAAAGCACUAUGAUGCUGAGGUGAAACUUACCAAGAAAAUGGUGGCAGAAAUUCAGAAAAUUGUGAAUGAUGAGAGUAGCUGGAAGACUGGGGCUCUGGAUGCUGCACUUAGUCAAAUACUUGUCAACUUUAAACUCCAUGACGAUGAGGCCUGGAAGUGGCGCUUUGAAGACACGUUUGGUGUGGAGCUCGAUACUGUUAUCAAGGUUUCUUUCUUUGUCUUGAUCAUCAUGGCCAUAAUCUGCACGGAGAUGUGGUCUGUGGUGUCCUGGUUUGUCCAAUUUAAGAGAAUUUUUGCCAUAUGCUUCAUCAUCAGUCUAGUGUGGAACUGGUUCUAUCUCUACAAGAUUGCCUUUGCUGAACACCAGGCCAACGUUAUAAAGAUGGAGAAUGUCAAUGAGAAAUGCACUGGAGUAAAGAAAAUUGGCUGGAUGGAUAAUUUCAAAGAGUGGUUCCGAACUACAUGGACUCUUCAGGACGAUCCUUGUAAGCAGUACUACGAGGUCCUGAUUGUGAAUCCAAUCCUGCUAGUGUCUCCAAUGAAGGCCAUCACUGUAACCAUCACCACCUUUAUUACAGACCCUCUGAAGCACUUAGGACAAGGCAUUAGUGAGUUUCUCCGGGCCUUACUGAAAGACCUGCCUGUUACACUCCAGAUACCUGUGCUUCUUUUAAUCAUGCUCUCCAUCCUGGUAUUUAUGUACAGUACUGUCCAAGCAGCUGUACAGCAUGUUGUUCUUCGGCCUCUGCGAGGUGGACAUCGGGAUCCUCCACCCGGCACUGUACAACAGCCUGCCACUCCUCCUUUACAGAAGCUGGAGGAACAUGGAGGAAAAGAAUGGGUUCUGUUAGCAAGAGGUGAUGCUAACCACGCUGCACAACCCAGACACCGUGUAGGACAAGAGGGCAACCAAGUCAACCACAAGGAGAACAGGAAUUACCAACAGGACGUUCGCCAGAGGAGACACAACAGACCGAGUGGGGAGCAGCGGAGGGUGUAUGUGGAAACCGUACGAAAUGCAGACAGUCUUUUCAGUGGGGAUGAGACAGACAACCAGCAGGAAACAGCAACCAAGGACCAGGCUCAGCAUGUGGACGAAGAACCUCAGACUCUCAGUAAUGGGUCAGAGGAGGAAAAUGAAGUAUCCAAAACAGAAAUGAAAAACACUCAACCUGCAUCGAAGGAGCACAGUGUUAAAAGUAACACUAAAGAUGAUAAAACCUCAGGACAUACUAAAAGAAAUAAGGUUGAUGACUCAGCAAGUGUAGGAGGAGAUGCAUUCAGGAAAGACUGUGUUGAAAAUAUUGGCAGUCCAGUUCAGUAAACUAUACAGCAAUACUGCAGCCCUUUGAAAAUGCAUUUUUAUUUUUAAAAUUUCCCCCCCUUUUUUUUUUAAUUAAAAAAAAUUUCAUACUCA